ACGGGCCGGUGAGGAGCAGCCGCCACCGUCUCCGCCGUCGCUUCGGCAGCCGCCGCGGUGGUCGCUUCGGGCAGCCGCUCGCUCUCGGGGCGUCGCCUCCCAUCCCGACAUCCCGCCCGGAGGACGCUGAGGCUGAAGCGCGGCCGGCGGCUGGGGGACGGUCCGGCCCCUCAGCUGCGCGGGCGGCCGCAGUGACAGCCCGGCCCCAGCCCGCCGCCCGCCCUCGCCCUCGCCCUGAGUGCCCGCAGCCACGAUGAACCGGGGCAGCAGCAGCCCGUCGGCCGCCGCCAACUACCUGCUCUGUACCAACUGCCGGAAAGUACUGCGGAAGGAUAAAAGAAUCAGAGUAUCUCAACCCUUGACAAGAGGACCAAGUGCCUUUAUUCCAGAGAAGGAAGUUGUCCAAGCAAACACAGUGGAUGAACGUACUAACUUUCUUGUGGAAGAAUACUCUACAUCCGGUCGCCUGGACAACAUCACCCAGGUCAUGAGUCUGCACACGCAGUACCUGGAGUCCUUCCUGAGGAGCCAGUUCUACAUGCUGCGCAUGGACGGCCCCCUUCCUCUACCGCACCGGCACUACAUCGCCAUCAUGGCUGCAGCUAGACAUCAGUGUUCUUACUUAAUAAACAUGCAUGUGGAUGAAUUUUUAAAGACAGGAGGUAUUGCUGAGUGGUUGAAUGGUUUGGAAUAUGUACCACAAAGACUGAAAAAUCUUAAUGAAAUAAACAAGCUGUUAGCACACCGACCCUGGCUGAUCACAAAAGAGCACAUUCAGAAACUUGUCAAAACUGGAGAAAAUAAUUGGUCUCUGCCCGAACUGGUACAUGCUGUGGUCCUACUGGCACAUUAUCAUGCUUUGGCAAGCUUUGUUUUUGGUAGUGGCAUCAAUCCAGAAAGAGAUCCAGAAAUCUCCAAUGGAUUCAGGCUAAUAUCAGUCAACAAUUUCUGUGUGUGUGAUCUCGCUAAUGACAACAACAUAGAGAAUGCAUCUCUAACAGGCAGCAACUUUGGGAUCGUCGAUUCUCUAAGUGAGCUAGAGGCCUUAAUGGAAAGAAUGAAAAGGCUUCAAGAAGAAAGGGAAGAUGAAGAGGCAUCUCAGGAAGAAAUGACCACUCGCUUUGAGAAGGAGAAGAAAGAAAGUCUUUUUGUGGUCUCUGGAGAUACUUUUCAUUCAUUUCCUCAUUCAGAUUUUGAGGAUGACAUGAUUAUAACAUCUGAUGUCUCACGAUAUAUCGAAGACCCUGGUUUUGGGUAUGAAGACUUUGCCAGACGAGGAGAGGAGCAUUUGCCAACAUUCCGAGCUCAGGACUAUACCUGGGAAAAUCAUGGGUUCUCCCUGGUGAACAGACUUUAUUCUGACAUUGGACAUCUUCUUGAUGAGAAGUUCCGCAUGGUCUACAAUCUCACCUAUAACACUAUGGCCACCCAUGAGGAUGUUGACACAACCAUGCUGCGCAGAGCUUUAUUUAACUACGUUCACUGUAUGUUCGGAAUCAGGUAUGAUGACUAUGAUUAUGGAGAAGUUAAUCAAUUACUUGAACGAAGCCUGAAGGUUUACAUUAAGACAGUGACCUGCUAUCCUGAGAGGACUACCAAGCGCAUGUAUGAUAGUUACUGGCGUCAGUUCAAACACUCAGAAAAGGUUCACGUAAAUUUACUUCUCAUGGAAGCACGGAUGCAAGCUGAGCUUCUCUAUGCUCUUCGUGCCAUAACUCGGCAUUUGACCUGAAACAUCAUCCAGGGAAAAUGUCAUAUAUGUGUAAAGACCUUUUCACAUAGGAUAUACAUCAGAAGCUGUUUGUGAUGUAGCAUCAAACAUUAUCCAAUUCUCUAGUGUCAAAGUUUUAGCCGUUUUUUUGGGGGCGGCUGUAAUGUGCAAUGAUGUUAUUUUCUUUUUCUUGAUGCUUAACAUGACUAACAAUUGCAAAAAUAAUACUGAGGAGCACUACUUGGCAUUGUUUAUAGUUGGGUUUUUGGAUACUGAUCAUAAGUCAUGAACCUGGUUUGUUAAUGCUUAACUUCAGUGCUUUGGGGUUUGUGUGUAUGUGUAUUUUUGUUCUUUCCUUUUUUUUUUUUUUUUUUUUAUAAUAUGGAAAAGCGCUUACAAUCUGCUCGAGCAAUUGUUUUUCAGAUAUCGGAAUUCAGCAAUGAAUGACCUCCUCUGGCCAUUCUAGAAUUUUAAUGUUGUGUCCUAAAUCUGGUGGAGGAGAAGCAUGCGCUGUUGAACUAAGCUGCUCACAGGACACUCAUCUGUGUCCCCAGGAGAUUAUUUGUCAGGCACUGUUUAUUUUUUUGUUUGUUUGUUUAUUUGUUUGUUUUUUUUUACUGCUAUUGGCGAUAACAUGAAAUGUGAUACAGCCAUUGUCCAUAAUUGAAUGUGAAAUUGAUCAUGAUGAAUUCUAUAGCAUGCUACUGAAAUGCCAAAUUCAGCUAGUUUCUUUCUCUUCUGAAACAGAAGUUUCCGUUUUCCAUAUCAGAUGUAUAUAUUAAAAGUGGAAUUAUGCACAAUCCUUUCUAUCACUGACAGUAAUCCUCAGUCAUCAGAAAUAAUCAGUGCUUGCAGGGCUACUUGCAGUUCAUUUAGUUGGCACAUAUAAACAUGUACCCACAUAAGACUGACCAAAAAUUUUCUUUGCACAUUUUUCUUUUCUCAUAGUGUUUUCUAUAUUGCAGUAAGCGGAAGAAGGUUAAUAUACCUAUAUUUUUUCCUGUUAGGCUGUUAGAACUUAUUUUCCAUGGUUUUUCUUAUGAUAGGUUAAACAGUUUAUUAUUCAAAGGUAAAAAUUGUGUUUCUAUGCAUUAAUGUGAUUGAACGACAGCAACAAAAGAGUGCAAUAUGUUAAAAAAAAAUACUCAACAGACUUUCCCCCUAUUAUGUCACUGCAGAAGUGUCCUUUUAACAGAGAGCCAUAAAGAAAUUUGGUUCAGAUUUCUUUAUCGCCCAAGGCUUUUGCCUUCCUGGGGUUGAACAAUGUUCCUUUCAUAAUGCCAAAGCAUCCCCUUCCCCAGAAAAAUCUCUUUGGACAACUGGUUAAAAAAAGAUCUCAAGUCUUAAGGGAAGAAAAAGCAUCCCAAAAGUCACAUUUUUGCAUUGGUUUAUGUUGCUUGAUUAGAUUAUCUUCACAGAGCACAACGUUAUGUGUUUAUAGCUUUAAUUUAUAUUAUGUUAAUGAACCAGUGAAGUGCCUAAAGAGAUGCUUACAGCUAUCCAGUAGGACACGACUGCACUGCUUAAACACUUUUUGGUUAACUAAGGGUGACUUGAAUUUUACACAAACAUGCUAAUUGUUUUAAAACAGAUCCAUUUUUUCAUAGUGAAAAAGAUAGUUAAAAUUUUCCAUUAGAGUUCCCACAAAGAUUUCAUUUUAGACUUACUUGUUAUCUAGGACUUACUUUUUUUCUCUCAUGAAAGAAUUGUGGACUAGUGUUCUGUUCAGUCAUUUUCCCCUUCCAUUUAUCAUCCUUUUCUGGUACAAUCCAUUAGGUUGCUUUCUUUUAGGCUUUGUUCUAGAUAAGAAAAUAGAAAGAUGACUGUAAACCUAUGAAUAUGAGAUAGUUCUGCAUUUUUAGAUUCCAGGAUUUUGUUUGAAAUCUUCCACGUGAGGAAAAGAAUUGCUAAUUUUUUUUAAGACAGGGUGGUUUAUUUAAAGAGAUUAUUCAAAGAACUCGUGUCAGAUCUAGUCUGUUUUGUUUAUUGCAUAUACCAUAUGUUGAUUUUAUGCCAUAUCACAUUAUAUAGAUAUGUGUUAACUACGAAGAAAGUCUUUAGGGGAAUGGCAAAAUACGAAUGACAACAUGUAUGUCCAUUUGACUUCCCUAAUUUUAGAACUUUCAAGUUGAGGAUAUCCUUUACUCUUGACUUUCUUUUUUCUUUUUUUUUUUAACUAGAAUUCUUUCAGUUAAUAUCCCUAUGUUUUUGUGCAGGUGACCUGUAUUACAGGAUAAAAAAUGAUUUUUAUAUAUUGAAAAGGAGGAGAAAUUCUCACAGAACACCAUAUGAGCUUUAGACCAAAAGGGGAAACAAGAUUUAAGUAACUAAAAAGGCCACUUAGUUUUUGUUUUUUGUGUUCCCCCCAACCCCCCGGAAAUGUAGGUAGUUGGAGUUGGGUUAUGGAAAUAUUAGUGCCUUUACUAGAUCUCUUUCCUAGCAAGGUUUCUUAUUAGCUCAGCAUCGAUCUGUCUCAUCACUAAUCAGGAAAAUCAGUUGACUUGGAACUAUAAACAAAAGCAAAACAAUAUAUUUAUGAACCUCACUGAAUCAGCCUAGAAAAGUUGACUUUGAAGGUGCCAAAGCACCUGCCAAGAUGCAGCACGCACAGCCUUCCAGGUUGUGAAAUCCAUUGUACAGCGAGUUUGCUGUGAACUUCAGCUAAUGCAAACUUGAAAUUCUGAUGCGGUUUUCCAGGGUGGUAUUUUUUCAGAGUAUUGAAUUUACUAUGUAGUAAUUUAUAGUAUAGCUUUUUAUAUUAAAAUGUGAUAUUUUUAAAAGAGAUAUCUGGUUCAAUUGGUGUAUUGACGUGACUAUACGAUCUGCUAACCCACCCCUUGGGCUCGCAUUGUGCCAAACUGAGAUGUGCAGGUGUGCGUGAGAAAAGCACACGUGACUGGGAAGUCUCUCACUCCGUUGCUUAUUAUUUUCAAAAUAGUCUAAUAAUCCACUGAUGUAUAUGCUUGGUGGAUAGCCGUUUACUUUUGAAUUUCAACUUUUCCCACUUCCAGUUAUAACUCUCAAUUUCUCAGAUCACCUUAGGAAAAUCCAACUCCUCUCCUCUCUGAAAGUAAAUCUUGAACCCAAUCCCUUGACUGUGGGAGUGGCCAGGCAGGUGCCUCCUUGGAGCCUUCUGAUGAGGCUUCCUCAGAUGGACUUGUGAUAAUUAGAGGAAAACAGGCUUUUGAGACGGGACAACUUAUUAUUUCUUCACCUUUUUGAGCUAAGGAUACUAUCUCAGUCUCAGGAAGAAUCUUUGUCCCAUUUGGGGACUUUUUAAAUAAAGAAUGGCUAGUGUGGAAUCUGGGGCAUGGCCUUGGCCUGUAAUUAUGACUUUAAACCCAAAUAAUAGUGACAGAGCAACACAGGACUGUCUUAGAACAGAGAACUCGAUGUCAGCUUUAUACCAAAAUCGUAUUUGAACCAGAGCCCCUAUUUUAAUUGUAUUAUAAAGUCCCUUAAAUUGGGAUUGACCUAUAUACACUAACUAAUAUGUAUAAAAUAGAUAACUAAUGAGAACCUGCUGUGUAGCACAGGGAACUCUACUUCAUUUCGCUGUACAGUUGAAACUAACACAACAUUGUAAAACAAAUAUACCCCAAUACAAAAUAAAUAAAGUCCCUGAAAGAUUUUAAAUGCUUCUAACAACUAGUUAACAUUAUUCCUGAGCAACUUUUAUUCCCACCUUAUAGAGUUUUUAAAUCCAAAAUCUUAGAUCUUUAUGCCACAGCAAAAUGAAAUUAUCAACGAACAAUUAAAGAUCUGUACUUAAAAAUAGUUCACCACUUUCAUGCAGAGCACAUGCCUAUAUGAUGGUAAGAUUCUUUUAAACUCUAAGGACAAUUCGUCAGGGAAAAAACAAUUUCAGUGCAUAUUAUAAAAAUGAUU